AUGACAACUCCUUGCGGCGAAUAUCGGAAGGAGAUCCAAAAAUGUAAUGUCCAAACAGGAACACAAGCUGUAAAUCAACAACCAUGUUCCAUACCAGCAAUUCAAAGUCAAAAUACCUCAACAGCACCGAUGCGACCGAGAUCUCUUUAUACAGCGCACAGUUAUCACCGAUACAGUGAAUUUCCCAAAUACUUUGAAGCACCGCCAUCGGAACAAUGGGGUGGAUUAGCCGGUGCAACAGCAUUUUCUAAUUCAACAGCAUUGUGGCGACAACCACGAAAUUCUAAAACUAUUGCACCAUACUAUGAAGAAACAUGUAUCUACGCAGAAAACUGGAGAGAGCACGAUACUGAUGCCGCUAUUGUAACUACACCACAUGGUACAAUUUCAUUGAGACUUCACAACAGAAUUCGGGUUGAUAUGACGAUCGAUCGAGCAGUUAGAGUAAUUAAUUUUAAGAAUAACAUUGUACUAUCGUUGAGUGGUUCUGGAGCAGCUGCAGCAUUACUCCAUCCAAAUGGAAGAAUAUAUCAAUAUGGAUCACGAGUUGAAAUCCUGGCCCAUGAUGCCCACGGCAAUAACAAGUCAGUGGUAUCUGUAUCAUCAUUAAAGUAUCAUUAACAAGUAAUAUUAUCCUUCAUCAGAUACGCAAAGAUGUGGUAUAAAGGGGUGAGCUUUACUUCAGAACAAUGUGCUCUAGUUUAUUUAGUUGAUACGGCGGGAACAAGAACAACUACGGAUUCAUUUUCAGAUAUGAGUCAGGACUUUUCUCUUAGUGUUUUUUACUCUCGAUCUCGGCACGGUCCAGCAUGUUUGCAAGAAGCUACGGCAGCUUUAGGUGCCGCUCAAUAUUGGUUAACUAAUGAAGGUGUAGAAAAUUGGAUCAUUAAUAAUGUUAGAGUUUCGCAAACACCUGAUGGUCUUGUCAGGAUUGCUCGAAAUAGUAACAAAUAUCAAUUACGAACAUCACCUAGUAAUGGUACAGCUUCGUUAACGACUCCAUUUUUACAUUGUACUGCAUCUCUUGGUCAAACAUCUCAUCUUUUUGUGCGACGCGGUGAACGACGCAUGCAUUAUGACGGAACUAGUUUUAUUGUACGAAACGCGGGUCAUAGUGCUGGAUUCGACGAUAACAAUCAACUGAAAGUUUAUUAAGAAAAUUUAACAUGAACUUGUUACCGUAAGCUUUAUAAAUGUUUAUUGGCGGCAAUAAUAAGACUUAUUCAGUAUAUAGAUUUAAUUUUAAUGCCGUAAAUAUACAUAAAGCUACAU